GUAAACCAAAGAGUUUGUGCAAAUAUCGAAUGGUAAUAUGGAGAAGGCUAGAUAUGGAUGGGUUGGAGUUAAUGGACGAAUGAACAAGGGAUGAAUUUAGAGUUGUUUGAGUGGUAGUUGUAAAUCAUGUCUUUGAUCAUUGCUGAAUCGUAGUUGAAGUUGGUCUUAGCAAGCAAACCAUUGAGUCCAAUUGAGUAGAAGUCGUGCAUGAUAGCAGCUUCUUUCUCGUUUAUAUAAGUUCCAAUGUACUUCUUCUUGUUGGCUACAUUGAUGAGGACUUGCCAGCGUCUACCAUUUUUAAGAACUCCAAUGUACUGAGAACGUCUGGAGGAAGCACCAUUGUGGAGACCCCUAGAGCUCUUUGUAGAAGCAGUGAAGCUGACAUCUUGAAAUGAGUUGACCAUUUCGAGGAGGAGGGCAAGGUUUUCAGAAAUAUCUGGAAGUGACUUCUUCUGAGACUUGCUGGUGAAUGUUUUUGAUUGAGAGCAAUUGAAGGAUUCACAAUACAUACUGAGAUCUCCGAUGGUUGUUUUACUCUCAAUAUUAUUUGAGAAUCCAAUUCCACUAGGAACUAUAGCAGGGAGGUCUUUAAAUCCCCAGCAAUAUUGUUCUAUCAAAGCUGAUAAAGUUACAUCGGAGUGAUUACCGUACGGCUAUAUAAAAGAUUACUUAA